AGAGUAAAAAUGUUUAAAUUUAAAUGUAUCAAUGUAUCUGUGCAUUCUCUAUUCUCAUUUCUCAAUCUUUCUCAUUUGGGACCACGCCCAAAUUUUUCAUUAAUUGACGUUUCGAUAAUUAAUUGUUUCGUUUGAAGCCAAUCUGUCAAACCAUCUGAAGACAACUCGACCACGUGGCUUUGGCAAUCGCGUCGUGCUUCAUGUUUUUCUUUCGGUAUCGCGUGCGUGAUGAGUGUCACGACCACAUCCGUCGAUUGUGUCGUUUGUAGUCGUGAUAGAUGUACAUUUCUGUCACUUUCCACGAAUAAUCGAGAGUUUUCAAGAAUUUUUGAACACCACCCAUACUUUGGAGAUAUUCAAAAGGAGAUCAUGGCUGUGAAAGAAUGGUUCAGAAGACUGCAGCCCGUCCAAUUGUACCUGAUCCUGUUUUUCACCACCGCUUUUUUUAUCGUCGAAAUGGUCGCCAGUCAUGUGACUCAUUCGCUCACGUUACUCCUCAAUGCCUAUCACAUGCUAUGCAACAUCAUAGCACUUGUUGGUUGUAUCGCCUCCAUCAAGUAUAGCCAUCGUCAAAGCAGCAUCAGUCACAGUGAAAAUAGCGUUUCUAGUUCCUUACGAAAUUCAGUAAUUCGCAUAAAUGGCGAAGAACGCGGUUCUACGACGUCUUUGUCGACGAAAACAAAGCAAUCACGAUCAGAUAGGAGGAUGAAGAAUACAUUUGGCUGGGCGAGAAUAGAUAUCGUUACGAUGCUUAUUUGUUGCGUUUUUCUCGCAUCUUUUUGCUUUUCUUUGUUGGUCGAAGCUUUACAAACUCUGGUGCAUAUAGAUCAUUUGGAUGAAAUGCACCAUCCGAUGCCUGUUCUCACAAUUGGCGCGUGUGGUAUCCUCCUUAAUGCUUUUUGUUACAUACUAAUUGGAGGAUACACCUUCAAUCAGGGUCUUGUUCUCCACGUUACAAUGAAUGGAGAUGUGAUACUACGACGGAACAGUUCGCAGCAAGCGAAAGAAGGCGAAGAACAGUUAUCCUCGCAAACUAGGCGAAGUCCUCUGGGUAUACCAAAAAGCCAAGGUCUACGAGAAACGUGUCGUGAUGCCUUGGGCUGUGUUUUUGUUAUUCUCGUGUCCAUUUUAGUAUAUUUUACCGAUUCUAACGUGGCCAAAUACAUCGAUCCGCUUUUCGCAAUUAUUUCAGCCAUUUCACUCUUCGCACUUAGCUAUUCAUAUAUGAAAGAAUCUGGACUGAUACUGCUGCAAACAAUCCCUAAUCACAUAAACAUUGAUUCUCUUAAGAGAGAAUUACUAGAAGCUUUUCCUGGUAUCGUGAACGUACACGACUUACAUGUUUGGCAAUUAACAGGGCAGAAGAUAAUCUCUACGGUUCACAUCAUAUUCUUGGAUCCAAUGGUUUAUGCCAGUAUUACCGACGAAGUAACAGCCUUUUUCAUACAGAUAGGAAUAACUCAAGUUACCAUACAGCCGGAAUUUUAUAAGUUGAGACCAAAUACGGAAAAAGCCGAUUGCUUGAUACGUUGUCAUGGCGAGCACUGCAGUUCAUCUCAAUGCUGCUCGAAAGAAAAAUUCAUCGAAGAUUCAUGUUCGGACUUAUCAACCAAACAACAAGAUAAACAAGAACUAAACAUAAACAAGAAACUAGAAAAAAAGCAGGUUAUUCCAGCUUCCACAAACAUCGAUCUAAAAAGAUUUACUAUCUAUGACGAAGAAGGUUCAAAAUCAUGUCAAUCAAAAGAAAAUUUGCCUGACGGACGUUCGUGUCAGCAGAGAGAUGAAGAUACAUACAAUAACAAAGAUAAAGCGAUUGAUAACAGUCUUUAUGCGAUAAAUGUAGUAAAUGUUAACGAUGGAAAUUGUGUUUCGUGUAUUACGAGUCACGAUGAACAGAAUUUAGAGAUAGUAUCUUAACUUUUAAUCCUGCUGGAAUCUGUGAAUUUUCAUAUUUCAAUUGUAUUUAUAUUGAAUGAGAAAUCCUGCAUACCGAUCUGUGUAUUUUGUCCAUACUGAAAACAUUUUUUAACAUUAGAAAUA